AUGGAUUCUUUGGAUCAUAUGCUGACAGACCAUUUAGACUCAGGCAUGGACAGCUCUAAUUAUGUAAUGGAGGAGUGCAUGCUGGGAAACUGCAGAGUUCGUAUUCCUGAAGAUUUUCUGGAAGAUCCAGAGAUUUUCUUUUCUGUUAUGAGUGAAAGCACCUGGUCUGAGGUUCUAACAGACUCGCAGAGACAACAUCUUCGUCAGUUUCUGCCGCACUUUUCAGAGAAUAACACUUCAGAGCAGGACCAGGUCAUCAGUGACCUCUUCAACAACCAGAACUUCCACUUUGGAAAUCCUCUUCACCUCACCCAGAAACUCUUCAGAGAUGGCUGCUUUAACCCAGAAGUGGUUAAGUACAGGCAACUCUGUACCAAAUCCCAAAGAAAACGACAAAUCUACUCACUCCAGCAGUACUACCACAAUCUACUUAAGCAAAUCCUUGUUUCUAGAAAGGAGUUGCUGGAUCUGGCUGUUCGAAGUGGUCCUGAGCUGCCAGUGAAACGUCACUACCCUCUUUCCUCCCAAAAAGAAUUGCGAGACCAGAGGGUCAGGCACAGGGUAAACCGGAUACUGCGAGAGGUAAAAACUGAGUGUGGCGACACCAACCUAUCCUCUGAUGAUGAUGACGCGGGAUCUUGGUUUGCAGAGCCCACAUCCCCUUCUUCUCCAACACCAACCAUUUCUCUCAGAGUUCUGCCCAGUCUCUCCACCCAGGACAUGAAAACUAUAGAUAAGCCAGAACUGGGAGAGAAGGAUUUAAAAGCCAUGCUGAGAAGACACAGAGAGAAACGGAAACAUCAACCAGAUCAUCCUGACUUAAUGACAUCUGACCUUCACUUAGGCGAUGUCACAUCAAGAGUAAACAUCGGCCGAAAAGGAUCAAGCAUGGCACUGAUAGACCUGGCCUUGCCUAGGAAGAAGCUGAAGGAGGAGAAAAAGAAGCGAAAAAUGAGGCCCAUUAAAACAGAAUCCGACGAUGGCUGUGAUGGUCCGACACCGGCGGCCUCUGUGCCUGCUGCCCUCUCUGAAACUCCCAACCCUCUUCAGAGCAUUAAGGAAGAAGUUAUAGAGGAAUCACAGAGCAGCCCUAAUACUGUGCAGGAAAUAGCCAUGAGCUUCUUUCAUCUACUGGAAGAUAUCUUUAAACAGGAUAACAUGGCAUCCUCUUCCCAGAUCGAGGAGAAGGUGCAGCAAUGGCAGGGCUCUCCUGCAAGUGCCCUGAACCCAUGGUUCUCUGUGUCCCCCUGCUGGUGUGAGUUGAUAGUUUCUGCUCUUCAAUUCCUAGCAGGGGAAAGUAAGUCUGGCUCCAUGGUGCUGCCCAGUGGCUUCACUCCUUAUGUAGAAUUCAGAGAGCUCAGUCAGCAGUGGAAAUGGAUAGGAUCCAGUCAGGAUACAGAGAAAGAUCUCGGUGCACUUUGUGGCCUCUGGCUGGAGUCAAAGGACCAAGUGGUAAUUAAGCAGGAAGGUGAGGAAGCUGCUGAACUGACUCCUCCAGCUCCCAGAGUAUGGACUGAUUAUGUGGUCAGACCCAGCACUGGUGAGGAGCGGAACGUCUUUCAGGAGCAGGAGCAGCAGCGCUAUGAUCAGCCUCACAAAGCCUUCACCUUCCGAAUGCAUGGCUUCGAGUCUGUGGUGGGGCCGGUCAAGGGAGUUUUUGAUAAGGAGACUUCACUGAAUAAAGCCCGAGAGCACUCACUUCUGCGCUCUGACAGGCCAGCCUAUGUCACCAUCCUCUCUCUGGUGCGCGAUGCAGCUGCCCGUCUGCCUAAUGGUGAAGGUACCCGAGCUGAGAUCUGUGAGCUGCUGAAGGAUUCUCAGUUCCUGGCACCUGAUGUCACCAGUGCCCAGGUGAACACUGUUGUAAGUGGAGCUCUUGACCGUCUGCACUAUGAGAAGGACCCAUGUGUGAAAUAUGACAUUGGGCGCAAGCUCUGGAUUUACCUGCACAGAGACCGGAGUCAGGAGGAGUUUGAGAGGAUCCACCAGGCUCAAGCAGCUGCCGCCAAGGCACGAAAAGCCCUUCAGCAGAAACCCAAACCCACCCCCAAACCUAAGUCCAGCAACAAGGAACCAGUCGUCAAAAGCGGAGCUGCAGAGGCCCAAAGUUCGGUGUCUGAGAGUGUUUCUACACCUGCUACAAUCCUACCUCCACCCCCUAGCACCCCAACACCAAGCACCCCUGUGACCCCUAAAUCCACACUACCUAUUGUGUCUACACCAACCAAAGCCGGAGUGCCAGAUCCAGUCAAAUCCAGCCCAAGUGUCCUGCUGGUGUCUCCUCCCACCAUGCCUCAGCUCGGCACUCUACUAUCUGCUGCUCAAGUGACUCCACAGACCUCUCAGCAGGCCCCAGUUCAGCCUGCAGCUCGAGUAGUGUCACACUCAGUGUCAGCGGGCUCUCUGCCUCAGGUACGGGUGGUUACUGCUCAGCCUGGUCUUUCCACUGCAUCAGCAGGACAAGCAGCCACACUGAUCCACCACCAGACCCCCCACCAUAUCAGGCUGCCAGUCAGUGUUGCACACAGCAAGGGCAUCGCACAGGCUGUGGUGACUCUGCCACUGAGAAGCCAGUCCACAGGAAGUCCAAUUCAGGUUCAGGCCUCACGAGCUCAGACCAGUCUCUCUGUACCACGCCUGACCUCUGCUGUGCCAGUCAGUAAAGCUCAGAGCAGUUUUCCAGGAAGCCCAGCUACCAACACACCCCCACCUGCAGUGCUGCAGGGGAUCACUAGUCAGAACAUCAUCAAACAGGUUGCCAUUACUGGUCAGCUAGGUGUGAAGACCCAGAAUACAGCGGGCAUUCCGCUGACCGCCACCAACCUGCGCAUUCAAGGCAAAGACGUGCUCCGCCUGCCCCCGUCCUCCAUCACUACUGAUGCUAAAGGUCAAACCGUGCUCCGCAUCACCCCAGACAUGAUGGCAACUCUGAAACUCACACCUGACAUACUCACCAGCGCCAGCAGCUCCACCGCUAAAGGCAUCUCCGCCACCCUGCACGUAACCCCACCGCAGGCUCCUCCUUCUGCCUCCUCCAACCCUGCCCCCUUGGCCAAAGCAGAGACCUUGACUGCCAAACCCCCUCAAACCUUGGUGCCACCUGGCACUGCCACACUGGUCAAGGCCACAUGUGACACUGCCAUUCGACUCAUGCCCGCCCUGGCUGUCACUAUGGCAGACCCCAAGGCCCGCACCUUCUCCACAGUCACUUCGUCUGACUCCAAGCUUGGCAGCACAACCAUUCGCAUUGUGCCAAGUCUGGGUGUGAUAUCACAGAAACAGGGGCAGACCGUUGCUGUCACCACCACAUGCGCCAAGCCUGGUACAGCUUCCUCAGGGGCAGCUACGGUUACCAUUGCAACAAGUGGGGUAGCAGGAGGUAAAGGGGUGACACUGGCCACUUCCGCAGCAGGGUCGACUCUUUCACUGGGAACUGCCGCAGCCACAGUCAGACAAGUGCCUGUCAGCGCAACUGUAGUAGCCACGCAGCCGGGGAAGUUACCUACAAGGAUCACAGUGCCUCUUUCAGUCCUUAGCCAGCCUCUGAAAAGCAAGAGUGUGGUGACUACACCAAUACUGAAAGGAAACAUCAGUACCAAUAUCAGUAAUCUGGGCAGGAAUAUUAUUCUCACCAGCAUGCCAGCAGGCACCAAACUGAUUGCUGGAAAUAAGCCGGUCAGCUUCGUUACAGCUCAGCAGUUACAGCAGCUGCAGCAGCAGGGUCAGGCCACUCAGGUGCGCAUCCAGACUGUUCCAGCCCAGCAACUGCAGUCGCACUCAGUAUCCAGCUCGCCUAAAUCCGCAGUGUCCACAGUGGUGGUGUCCAGUGCCCCCUCUGCCCCCUCAGCCCUGUCCACCAAAACAAACCCUGAGCCACAGUGAUGCUUCCUUUGGUUUAAAUCCAGCUGUUAGACUUUUAUACAUUGAGAUUCAGAGAUUUCAGCUAGAAGUUGAUAAUGAAUCAUAGAACCAGAGCAGUUGUGUUAAAAGCCAGUGUUUGGCUUUCAGAGCUCCUGGUAUUUAUGUACGAUGUGUUUUCGACAUUUAACAAGACUGUCUAGGAAAAUUUCAACUCAGCAAAAUGGUAAGUGUACCUACAGUUACACUUGAGGUUAACAUGGACUUGUCAGAGCAAGGUCAGUUUUCUAUUUCGAAUGUUCCUAGUUUGUUUGUUUUGUUGUAUGUAAAAGCUUUGUGUCGUCUCAUCCAUUUUUUCCAAAAUCUUGUAUUUCUGUAAAUUCUUAUUUUUGCUUGUAGGUUAAAGUCAUGUUAAUAUGAAAUAAAUAACUUAAUUGUG